CUAUCACUGAAACUUACAUAUCGGCAGUUUCUGCUUCUAAAAUGAUUAUACAGGAUGUACCGAUUUUGCCCAAAAGACAAUCUUCCUGUCAUGAGAAUAUGUCUACUGUUUCCGGUAUUGCUUCUCAACAUGCAAGUUACUCAAUCGGAGGUUUAUCUUUAUUUAAGUUAAUGGUAGAAGAUUUAAGCAAUUAUACCACUCACAGUUUGAAUUUAACUCAAAAUUAUUCGUCAACUACGAUUUGUAGCGAAGGUAGCUCUUUUUGCUGUACGUUUAAUGUUACGAUUAAUUUAGAUACAGCAAGUGCCACCAAUGUAGUUUACAAAUUGGUGGCUUUUAAUGGAAACAGAAAAUUGGGUACAUCGACCAGUGGAAAUCAAAUUUGUGGUGUUGUUGCCUGUCUAACUGAUGACAUUUUGUCGUGUGGACAAAUACGAACUCUAGGGUCAAUGAUCGGAGUCAAAUUUAAUUCAAUAAUUAUAACAGGGAAUUUUGUAAAUGCCCCUGCUGGACAUACUUUACCAUCCACGUUGACGUUUUCUUUGACUCCGAUACAAAACUAUCGUUACUGUAGGACAAGUGGUAUUAAUGAGGCUCAGGUUAAUAUGAAUCUCACGAGUCCGCACGAUUCCAUUUUUGCAUUUGGAAUUUUUGGAAGGAGUUUUAAAAGAGAUGGAGGCUCCGUUGGAAGAAGUAUUGCUACAUUUAAUACUAUAUGUACAGUAUCGGUCUUUUUCUUAACAGUUCUUACUGUUUUACAACAAAAAAUUAUCUCAUAAGUUAAAUUGUGCAUAAAAACAGAAAUUCCUAUUUAUUUUCAUGCGCUCAUCAUUUAAUAUAACAAUUGUAUGUAAAUUUAUGAAAAUUGCUUUUUUUUUUGGCAAAUAUCUAUUAAGAAGUUUCAUUACUUUAUUCUUGUGUAAUCCCUUCUUUAACAGAAGAAUAGUUUCU